GGUGUUAAGAAGUCUCAGAUGCAAAAUGGCGAAACACAACUUUGUUUUCGAGUUAUUUUACGUAGUGUCAUUGGUAUUCCAAGGUACUAUCUUGAUUGUCUCCGGAUUGGGAACUUCAUCUUACACCCGGAAACAUACAUUGUAUGCUGCUGACAAUCUUAAACUACAAGGGUUUGCAUAUGCAACCAAAACCGUGCGAUCUCGUGUCAUCUGCGGACGGGAAUGCAGCAUGGAUGAACGUUGCAAGUCGUUUAACUUUAACGACUGCAGUAAAAUGUGCGAGUUGAACCUUGCCACAAGACGAGAGCAUCCCGAAGACUUCAAUGCAACUCAAGGGAGUGUGUACUUUGAUACAGAUGAGGACACACCUCUCUACUCACUGACUGAUAGCUCCUUGAAUCGCUACAAAAGUUGCAAGAUGCUCUUAGAUGUCGGUUAUCGUUCAAGCGGUACCUACACAAUCUACCCAGAGGGAUUCGGUAAUGGCAGUCUUCGUGUCUACUGUGACAUGGAAACUGACGGCGGAGGAUGGAUCGUGUUUCAGAGGCGACAAGAUGGCAGUGUGGACUUCUACCGUAACUGGACCGAGUACCAGUCUGGCUUUGGUGACCUGUCCAGUGAGUUCUGGUUGGGCAAUGACAACUUGGUGACUCUGACGUCUAAUGAUUCACGUGGAACAUGGGAGCUACGAUUUGAUUUAGAGGACUGGGAGAACAACACGGCAUGCGCAAAGUACUCAGAUUUCCAAAUAUCCCCGGGUGAGUACAAUCUGAUCAUCGGUCAAUACGAUACAAACAGUACUGCCGGUGACUCUCUUGGGUAUCACAGAAGUCACUUUGGGUAUCACAGAGGACUGCCCUUCUCAACAAAGGAUCGUGACAAUGAUGAUUUGGGUUCAUCAAAUUGUGCACAAACCUACACAGGAGCCUGGUGGUUUAAUCAUUGUUUUCUCUCUCACUUGAAUGGUCCAUAUCACCAAUUUGGGAGUGUCCAAUAUAGCAUUGGAGUGCAAUGGGAGACAUGGAAAGGGUAUUAUUAUUCUCUGAAAACAUGCAGCAUGAAAAUGCGUAAAUUGAGACCAUAA